AUGCAGAACCACCAUCACCAGCACUUCUUCCAGUCCGAGGAGCGGUACGACGCUCCAGCUGGCGCUCCACCAGCCUACACCAACUCUGCCAGCCCAGCCUACCAGACCGUCUCCGACUCCAAGCACAGACACGGCAGGCCAAUCCUCUUCCCCCAGCAGCUCGUCUUCACCUACCGCGUGGGGCGCUCGCACUCGCACCUCGGCGAGGUCAAGGACCAGCCCCUGUUCCUCGUCAGGAUCCCCCGCUGGUCCAUGGGCUGGUCCGACAUCGUCCUGCUCAGCGGCACCGACAAGCUCGACGCGCCCCUCGCCUCGGCUGGCGUCGAGAAGGGCAGCAAGACGACCCGCACCGCCCUCAGGGUCAUGCCCCACCGCGGCAGCGCCCUCCAGCACCCCUUCGAGACGAGCAUGGACGGCAACUACAAGUCCAAGCACCACUUCACCGUCCCCGUUGGCGCCGACGGCCACCUGGAGACCUUCGAGUGGCGCCAGAGCAAGGGCAGGAUGGUUAAGGACCUCGUUGGCGGCUUCCAAUUCGGCCUCAAACUCGUGCGCCUCCACGGGCCUCCCGCGGCCUCGUCGUCCAGCGCACACACCGGCAGCGACGAUGACGAGAUGGGCGGCGUCACGAGCGACGGUCGGUCCGUCGUGGCUGUCUUUGCCGGCGAGCGCUGGCGCUACAACAAUGCCAAGUUCCGCUUCCACAAUGAGGGCUCCACCGGCGAGCUGGGCGAGCUGUUUGAGAUCGUCGCUGUCAUGUCCUUUAUCCGCCUGUUUGAGAUGCAGAUGGCGCAGGGCUCGUCCAUCGCCAACAGCUCGUCCGCUGCGGCUGCCUCGUCGUCUGCAGCUGCAGCUGCGGUCUAA